CUCAGCAGCGGCUUCACACGAGGCCUACACGAGCCGCAUAAUGUAUCUAUCUCAGCCCAUAUAUUUGGACAUCUCGCAGGCUAUGGGUCGGCCCAGGCAUCCCUCAGGCAGCUCACACGCACCUAAGGCUAAUCUAGUUCAUCAUCACAAAAAGCCGGUCAAAAAGCUCGACUGGUUCGCAUCAUGUCCUCCGUACCACUUUCUGAUAAGGGCAAAGACAACAAAACCGGUGAACCGCCUCAAUCGAGGGCACCCGAUGCCCACGUCACGGAGAAUCCUAAUGCAACCAACACCUACGGUCAGCGUUACAAUAAGGGAGAUGUUGUUUGGGUAGAGAAGAAGGCCGAUGGACAGCAAUACAAAGCCACUGUUGUAGAUGCGCGACAGUCAGGCAGUGGGUGGGAAUAUCACUGCAGGGAUUCGGACGGCAAAAGUCUAUGGGUGGAAGGCUUUGAGUGGAUCAAGUCAAGAGACAUGAUCAAUGCAAAAGGCUGA